GGGUCAGUCUAACGCGCGGGGCGGAGCCGCUUUAGGUUAGUAUUGUCAUCGUCGCCCUCGUGUCAGCCCCUCCCAGCUCUUGGAUCCUACGCUCUCAAGCAGCGGUACCUGACAGGAGGCGACAUGGCCCCGCGCAAGAGCCCCAAAAGCGGCAGUCCCGGCCCUGGAGCCCGGAGAGAGGCAAAACAUGGUGGAAACAAGGGUGGCAAGAAAGAAGGAGCUUCUGGAAGUUCUUAUUUUACAUGGUUCAUGGUAAUUGCACUUUUGGGAGUGUGGACAUCAGUUGCAGUAGUUUGGUUUGAACUUGUUGAUUACGAGGAAGUACUAGGAAAACUUGGGAUCUAUGAUGCUGAUGGUGAUGGUGAUUUUGAUAUGGAAGAUGCCAAGGUUUUGCUAGGAGUAAAACCUGGAGGGAUUAUCAAGAGCAAAGUUAAAGUCAAAGGACUUAAGGAAAGAUCUGUCCCAGAACAGUCAACACUAAGAAGUGCUGAAGAGGUGAUCCAGUCUACAGAAAAGUCACAUGUGAAAACAGAACAUGUACAUGUUAGAACAGAACCAGAAGAUGAAAUUGAGUCCUUACUACAUGAAGUUCUUGACUCACAACUUGAAAAAGGUGAAAUAGAUGAAGACCAUGAAGAAACAGAUUUUCAGGAGGAGGAAGAAAAAGAAGACAAUAACGAAGUAUCUGAAGAACCCACAACAGGGCAGAGUUACGAUAAAGAAAUAGAGGAUAAAAUGCCUGAAAUAUCAGAGAAAUCAAGCUCUAUCCAAGAAGAACCUGGAAGUCCCUACCAACUUGGAGAUCAUGAAGUAGUUGACGCUGACACUGAUGUUUCAAACAAAUAUUCUCCUGUGGAACAAGGCACGUAUAAGCCAGAAAGCCCAGAAUCUUUUCCAGAAAAUACUGAACAGCAUGACUAUGUAGAUGAACUUGAAUUAGAGAGUGAAGACUUCACUGAAACUCAGAAUGCAGAAUCAAUUGAUCACAUUGAACAGAGACAUGAACGUAAUGCAGAUGUUCCAGAUCCUGUUACUGAAACUAUUAAAUCAGUACAUGAGAAGGAACAUACAGAAGAUCAUGUGGCUGCUCAACCACAUGAGACAGAAGUUCCUGUUCAAGCAGAAGAUUAUUCAGAAGAUGAUGUAAUUGAUACUUGGCAUGGUGAAAAAGAAAGUCUGCAAAAAGAAAAAGUAAAGAAGAAAAAACCAAAAUUGCUCAAUAAAUUUGAUAAAGGCAUUAAAGUUGAACUUGAUACUGCAGAAAAGAUGCGCAAAAAGGGAAAAGCAGAAGAAGCUUUAAAGGCAUUUGAAACUUUGGUAAGCAGGUAUCCCCAAAGUCCACGAGCAAGAUAUGGAAAAGCCCAGAGUGAGGAUGACUUAGCUGAAAAAAUGAGAAGCAAUGAAAUACUACAGCGGUCUAUCAAUACCUAUGGUGAAGUGGCUAGUCUGCCAAAUGUCCCUGAUGAUCUAGUAAAGCUGGCACUGAAACGGCGGGCAGACAGGCAGCAGUUUCUUGGUCGCAUGAGAGGUUCAGUAGUUACACUACAGAAACUGGUUGAUAUGUUUCCUAAUGAUACUUCAUUCAAGAACAACCUUGGAGUGGGUUAUCUUUUGAUAGGAGACAACAGCAAUGCCAAGAAGGUUUAUGAGGAGGUUCUGAGCCUGACUCCUAAUGAUGGCUUUGCAAAAGUGCAUUAUGGAUUCAUUCUGAAGGCAGAGAACAAGAUUGAAGAAAGCAUUCCCUAUUUGAAAGAAGGUCUUGAAUCAGGAGAUCCUGGCACUGAUGAUGGCCGCUUUUACUUUCAUUUGGGUGAUGCCAUGCAGCGAGUUGGAAACAAUGAGGCGUACAAGUGGUAUGAACUUGGGCACCAACGGGGUCACUUUGCCUCUGUCUGGCAGCGUUCUCUGUACAAUGUCAAGGGCUUAAAAGCUCAGCCAUGGUGGACAGCAAAGGAAACAGGUUACACAGAACUGAUCAAGUCCUUAGAAAAAAACUGGAAGGUGAUCCGGGAUGAAGGACUUGCUGUAAUGGAUAGAAGCAAAGGUCUCUUUCUUCCAGAAGAUGAGAAUUUACGGGAAAAGGGUGACUGGAGCCAGUUCACUUUGUGGCAGCAAGGAAGAAAAAAUGAGAAUGCCUGCAACAGUGUUCCAAAAAUAUGUGCCUUACUAGAGCGUUUCCCAGAAGCCACAGGAUGCCGAAGAGGACAGAUCAAGUAUUCUGUCAUGCACCCAGGGACUCAUGUCUGGCCUCACACAGGGCCCACUAACUGUAGGUUGAGAAUGCAUUUAGGCUUGGUCAUUCCUAAAGAAGGCUGCAGGAUUCGGUGUGCACAAGAAACCAGGUUCUGGGAAGAAGGGAAGGUUCUCAUUUUUGAUGAUUCUUUUGAACAUGAAGUGUGGCAGGAUGCUGAUGCUUAUCGGCUGAUCUUCAUUGUGGAUGUCUGGCAUCCAGAGUUAACAUCACAACAGCGACGCACCCUACCAGCUAUUUAAGUGGGCUUGAAGUUUUUCCCCUUUGAGCUUCACACUUUGUGCUGGGAAAUACAACUUUUUGAAACAAAAACAAAAUGGAACUGUAUCAAGAAUGUGUAAGGACUUUAAAGCAUCCUGUUCUGUGUACUACAUCAUUACAGCACUGAUCUGAAUGCUCUGUAUUCAUGCUGCAAGUUGGGAUUCUAUGCUUUUAUCAGCCAAAGAACACCCUGUGCUACAUUUUGAAAGAAAACAUGUGCCAGGCUUUUCUUUUAUGUAUUUUUUGAACUCCUUGAUGUAAAAGCCACCCAGCUACAAAAGCUUGAAUGUAAUCAUAAGGAACGCAGACUUCCAGACACUAUUACUGUGCAAUUUCCAAUCAUUAUGAGGAAGGAUGUGCAGAAGCAGUAUUUAGUGGAUUGUGUUCUCAAGCAGUGCAUCCACCUCUCCCCUGAUAUGAGCACACAUAAGGUCUUGUAGAAGAACAGUCUGAAAGUUUGUCAUGUUAUCUUUUCUAACUCUACUUUGAUUUCAUCCAGUGGAUUUAUAGGGUGAGCUGUAGAUAAUGUGAGCGGAUGGUUUUGUAUCUUAUUUUUGAUAGAUAACGGUAUUUUUCUAUCAGAUACAGUAUGUAUGGAUACUUUUUUUGUUUUCUUUGAACCACUUUCCUUUUGUAAUUUUCUUUUAGUUCCCUUUGUAAAAAGACAACUUACAUUGAUUUAGCAACAGUGAAGCCUUAUACGAGCAGCUGUCUAUUUUACCAAGGGUGUUUUUUUCCUUCCAAGUUAAAAGAUGAAUAAACAAUGUUCAGUCCAGUUAAGAGCAUGUUUUACCCUAUUUUGAUAUUUGUGUUUAUUUCUAACUUUUUCUAACAUAAAAACAUAUUUUAAGCCUUACUGAAAUACAUGGAGGCUUUCAGAUGCAAUUUUUGUCACCAACUUUUUAAUGCAGUUAAAAAAAACCUUCAUAGCAUAAAGCCUGGUUAGGAAAGAAUUGAUAACUGGAGCUAUUUUAUAACAGUUUCAUAUCUUACAUGAAAAUAGGACAGAGAAAAGAACCUUAUAAAUACAGCUCUGUGGUGUUAUGCCAUUUAUGUAAAGUGACGUCCACAUGGAUGUCCCAUUAAUGGGUGAUAAUUAAACUUUUCUAAUGAUGCAUUUUCAUUCAACCUGUCAGUGCCAAACUUUGAGCCUGUUUUCUCUUUUUUGCCACUAUAUAAUUUUUACAUUCCUCUUUGAUUUAGUAAAAUAGAUCUAUGACAAGACUGGCAUUCAAGUAACUUUGUUUAGAGGCUUCAAAUUAUGUUGACCAAGACUAGUUAUAAGCAAUUAAUUGCUCAUUACCAAAAGCUAUAAGGUAGGUGUGAUUUUAUGCACAGAAAUAUGCCAAAGUACACAUUGCAUUUUGGAGACCUACAUUUGGAAGGCUGUGCUAAGGUACUGUUAGGACAAUUACAUUAAAACAGUGUGCCCCUGGAAGUAAUAUUUGGUCAUAAUUUGUGCAAAAUAUAGUCAGUAUUUCAUAAAGAUUAAAUAAUCUCUUAAUCCA